AUGUGGUGUAUGUGAUGUUGCCUACAUUUAGGUGCACUAUACAGAGAGAUGUACGAAAAAUACAGUUAUAUUGCUUUGUUUGUAACGAAAACAGAUAAAUUUCAAUACAAACAAUUGUUAAUUAUAUAUAACUACACCUUGAUACGAUGAUUAUAACUGUAAUCAGUGUAGUCAUUCCCUGAAAGACAUGUUAUGUUGUUUUUAUGCAGGUAGUGAUUGUUAAAAAGUUCCGAACCAAAAAUUCUUAUUCAUAAUAAUUUAAAGUUCAUUGCCACGUUCACACGUUCAGCUUGCCAAUUUUUGCAUUAAUUUUAAACUUAAUUCAAUUUAAUAUUAUAAAUUACUACCAGCAUGAUUUAAUUUUUUUACGCAAAACAAACAAUAAUCUCUGAACUUUUUCUAUAAAACCAAAACAUCGCAAAUAAAUAACAUCAUUCGGUGAAUUAACAUAGUAGAAACCAAAAUGGCGUUUGAGAACAUUUUUAUUAAGUUAUUACUGUUUUAUAACAUAGGAAUUGUUGUGAGUUUAAGUGUUCAUACUUUGGAAGAGAUUUUGGGUCACAAUUCGUUGAAACAUUACGUUGAUGAUGAUUCUGAAAGAAGUUUUGAUUUUGACAACAUCAGAGACAAAACUUUAAAACAUCAAUUUGACAAAGAAGAUGGCGUCGAACCAAUCAACGAAGAUGAAACAAAAGAAUACGAGAUUGUUUAUAUGCCAGUAUUGUUGGAACGCGAAGCAGCAGGAACUGACGGAAGUGACGAUUCUGUUGUUGAUUAUUCAUUUACUGCUUUUGGAGAACCUAUUGAUUUGAAAUUAAAGAAGAAUAACAAAUUAAUAAGUCCACAUUUAAAAACUUAUGUGCAUGAUCAAGAUGGCGUCAAAAUAUUACAAAAACGUGAUGUAGACAACCAAAAUUGCUUAUAUCUUCAUCGUGACGGCGAAAACGUUGGUGCUUUUAGUGCUUGCACUCCUAAAGAAUUUAAUGGUUUGCUAUUUUACAAAAACAAAACACUUGAAAUACUUCCAUUGCAUAAAAAACAACUUAAUUCACCUCUGCAAGACAAAUUCCCACACAUAAUUCGAAAAAUUAACCCAGAAGACACACCUAACCUCAAUGACGCCCUACUAUUAAACUCAGAUCUAGACAAAAACAUAAUAAAAUCCGGAUUUUCCAAACGUGCACGAAACAAACCAGUAGGUGGUUAUACUUUGGAGUUAGCAGUGUUUUUUGAUGCAGCAGCAUAUCGCAUUUUCGCUCCUUACAUGUCCUACGACGAUGUUAAGCUAAAAGACAUGAUAAUGGCAUAUUUAAAUGGCGUCCAAGCAUUAUAUCAUCAUCCAAGUCUUGGACAAACGCUGGAAAUUGUUAUUGUAAGAUUAGAUAUUAUGAAACAACAACCUGCGGCCAUGCCACAUUAUGAUGGCGAACGAAGCAGAUUAUUAGAUUCCUUCUGUUCGUAUCAAGAUUCGAUUAAUCCAGGCGAUGAUUCGGAUGUUAGUCAUUGGGAUAUGGCUGUUUAUGUUUCCGGGCUUGAUUUCUUUGCUUAUGAAAACGGCCGAAAAAGUGGGGUUACCAUGGGUUUAGCUACUGUAGGCGGAGUUUGUUUAGGAAAGUACGCAUGCGUGAUAGCUGAAUUGGGAACUACCAAUGUUUUUGGAAAACCUUACCCUAGCGCAGGCUUUACAAGUGUUUAUAUUUUGGCACAUGAAAUUGGACAUAAUUUGGGUAUGCACCAUGACAGUAGUGGUAAUUCCUGUACGAAAGAAGGUUUUAUCAUGUCCCCUUCACGUGGUACAAAUGGUGAGACACAAUGGUCCACAUGUAGUCGUGAUGUAAUGUCACGUCUUUCCUGGGCAAAAUGUCUGCUUGAUGGCGGCUGGCCCAAACCUGAUUUAGACCAGAAAAAGUUUGCAGAUACACCAGGACAAGUUUACACAGCGAAAAAACAAUGUGAAGUUUUGUUAACUGACCGUGAUGCGUUUGCAUCGCCAAGUCAACAAUUAUCCACCAUUUGUUAUAACCUACAAUGUAAGACACCUCAUAGAAGUGGAUAUUACCAUUCUGGUCCUGCUUUGGAAGGUACAGAAUGUGGCCCUAAGAAAUAUUGCUUUGGAGGAGAAUGUGUCAAUAAAGAACCUCCAAAAGUAGUUGAAGUUAUCCCCGGGGGUUGGGGCCCGUGGAAUUUGGGAGCUUGCACUUCCGGUUGUACGUUUAAAAGUAAAGGGUACCAAGAAAAACGUCGAGUUUGUAAUAAACCACUUCCUGUUAAUACUGACUCAGGAUGUGAUGGUAGUAGUUUUGAAGUGGGGUUAUGUAAAGAUGAGAAAAUUUGCGCAAAGAAAAAGAGGUCAUCAUCAAGUGAAUUUGCAUCUGGUAAAUGUAAAGAGUUUUCUAAGUUGUUACCACAGUUAGAUGCAAAAGGAGCAGGGUUACAAGCACCUCAUGAAGAAAAUCGUUUAUGGAUGGGUUGUGCAAUUUUCUGCCGUCGUGCAAAUUCCGGAAGUUAUUACACGCCAAGAAUCGAAUUGAAUGACCUUGGAGUCUCACCAUAUUUCCCGGAUGGUACCUGGUGUCAUAGUGAUUCCACCGGAGAGUAUUACUGCCUUCAGCAUCAUUGUUUACCUGAACAUUUCCAGUUUACCAAAACAUUCUUGAAUAAAUUAGACGAGGAUAUCCCCAUUCCUCAAAACGCUCAUCCGGGAGAAGGUAUACCCAAUGAUUUAGAGAAGUAUUUGUCAUUGGAUGAAAAUGGCAAACCGUUGAAAACGGCGCUUACGCCGGGGACAUUCCACACUAAUGGCGAGGACGCGUGGGAGACAAAUGACUACGUCGAAUUGCCACCGGAAGUGCGGAAAUUACAUCUUGAAGAAGUGAUUGAUGAAGCCGCAGAAAACUACAGUAUUGAUUUUAUGUAA